UAAUUAAAAAAUGUAUGUGAAUUAGAAUUUGAUAUAUCAAUACUGUAUAAAAAAAAAAAAGUAUACAAAAUGCAAUCGAUUUAUACAUUGACAAUAAUAAUCUUAUCUGUGUUUACAAUUUCAUGUCAUUCUUUAAAGAAAUUGAAUAACACCAAAGAAACAGGACACUCAAAUAAUUGGGCAGUGUUAGUUGAUACAUCUAGAUUUUGGUUCAAUUACAGACAUGUUGCAAAUGUGUUAUCAAUAUACAGAAGUGUUAAACGUUUAGGAAUACCAGAUUCACAAAUAAUACUAAUGAUUGCCGAUGACAUGGCAUGUAAUCCUAGAAAUCCUAGACCUGCUACAGUCUUCAACAACGUCAAACAACAUAUCAAUGUUUACGGUGAUGACGUUGAGGUUGAUUACAGGGGUUACGAAGUUACCGUAGAAAAUUUUGUAAGAUUAUUGACUGGUCGAUUGGCACCUGAGACACCAAGAUCAAAAAAAUUACUCACAGAUGAACGAUCGAAUAUUUUAAUUUAUUUAACUGGUCAUGGGGGCAAUGGAUUUCUUAAGUUUCAAGAUUCUGAAGAAAUUACUAGUCGAGAACUUGGUGAUGCUUUAGAACAAAUGUGGCAAAAACGAAGAUAUCAUGAGAUAUUAUUUAUCGUAGAUACAUGCCAAGCUAGUUCAAUGUACGAAAAGUUUUACUCUCCUAAUAUUUUAGCAAUUACUUCUAGUUUGGUUGGUGAAGAUUCAUUAUCCCAUCACGUGGAUCCUGCUAUAGGUGUAUAUGUUAUUGAUCGGUUUACGUAUUAUGCGCUUGACUUUUUAGAAAAAGUUGAACCCACCAGUACAAGAACAUUGGGAGAAUUUCUCAAAGUGUGUCCAAAACAUUACUGUUUAUCCACAGUUGGUGUAAGAAAAGAUUUAUUUAAACGAGAUCCCGAUAAAGUUCCUAUAACUGACUUUUUUGGUUCAGUAAGACCUGUAGAAAUAACAUUAAAUUUAAUAAAUGUUCUCCCUAUAAAAUCGAAUAAAACAAUACUGAUAGAAUCAGAAGAGAAAUAUCAUUAUGUUAAACAGUUUCCGGAUAUAACGCAGUACACGUAAGAACUGUUAUUUGUAUUAGUAUUACUUGAAUUAAAUAGAUUUUGAAAAAAAAAAAAAUGAACAAAUUUAUUUGG